UGAGGCGAAUGCUGCUAAACUGGGAAACGCGAUACAAUAUUAUAGUUGGUGUUGCUCGAGGACUUGUCUAUCUUCACGAAGGUUCGAGUAUUACGAUUAUUCAUCACGACUUAAAAGCCAGUAAUGUACUGUUAGACGAGAAGAUGAAUCCGCGUAUAUCAGAUUUUGGCAUGGCAAGAUUGUUUACAGUGGAUAAAAGUCUAGAAAUUACAAAGAAGAUUGCGGGUACAUAGUAAGUAUUAAUUUAUAUGUUUGAGUUAAAAUUAAUUUUUCAUUUAAAAUGAUAGUGUAUUUAAAUGAUUAAUUAAUGUUUUAUUUUAGCGGGUAUAUGGCUCCAGAGUUUGCAUAUUAUGGACAAUAUUCUAUUAAAACGGAUGUAUUUAGUUUUGGCGUAUUGAUUCUUGAGAUUGUUACCGGUAGAAAGAAUAGUUCUUCUAACGAGAGUGAGAGCUCAUCAUCAGAACAUUUGUUGAGUUAUGUAUGGAAGAAAUGGAGAAAAGGGAAGAUGACUAACAUAAUCGAUAAAACAAUAAGUGAGGAUGGUUCAAGAGCCGAAAAGUUGCGAUGCAUUCAUAUCGGGUUGUUAUGCGUUCAAAAGGCGGUGUCGAAACGACCGACCAUGGCUGCGGUCAUGCUAAUGCUUAAUAGCUAUACCGUGAGUAUGUUAGUUCCUUCAAAACCUGGAUUUCUGAUGGAUGAUGAUGUUGUUAGCACUCCUUCUCCACCGGACAAAAAUGAUCAGACCAUUAACCACGUUUCAUUUACGGACCCAUAUCCUCGUUGA